AUGUGUCAAAUGGUGAGCCUUGAGUAUAAUAUGUUUUUGAAACCAGUAGUUUCCAUGGGAUACAAUAAUGGUCCACUAAAAUGGUCUCUUUGGCGUGCAAAGUUAGUGUGUCAUACUUUCUUUAGGUCGCAGUCGGUGGCUAAAAAACGCCGAGAAAGGAAACAUGGCCUUAGCGAUUUGCACUAUAUGAUUGCCAAAGCAUAUAUCAACCAUGGGUAUUACGCGAAUGCACGAAAUCACAUGCUUUUUGCCGAUCGUCCGGAGGAAUUUGCUAGUUUAUUGCAUAGGAUGUCCGAGGAAGGAGGUUGUAAAUCUUCGGAGGCAGAACUUUUCUGCGCCAUUUCUGUCCUGCAGCUGUUGGCUAUGCAUCGUGUGCAGACGUCUUCCAAACUGUUAGCUGCCUACGCUUCAACUUCGGACGCUUCGCAGAGUAUUGGUUCUCGUCAAGAGCUGUUGAACUUUCUCCGAUUACUCUGUAACGCGCUUACUUUGCAUGAUGUAAAUCUCUUUGACCACUUAGUCGCAGUUUACAAACCUCAUAUUGAUGUUGAUCCGACUUAUCAUAAUUACAUCGAUAGAAUCGGUCAUAUAUUCUUUGGACAUCCUUCCUCCGAAAAGAAUCAUCCAUUUGGUGGUCUUUUCGGAAAUAUUCUGAAAGGUGUGCUGGGUGAGAAGAAAGAAGAAGAAGAUGACAUCUUCUCUGAUUCUGACUUCGAACCAAAUGCCAUGGGUACAACGCGAUCCGAG